UUUUUUACAUUUCCUGUUCUCUGGGCUCCAAACCUGCCUCUGAAGCUCUCUGCAGCAAACAAUAACGGUGAGGACAUGUCAAUGCGACCGAGAUGGUUCAGAACGCCGAGCUGGAAAAGCUGGUCAGAGUGUAGGAGUGCAGGCUUCGGCAGCAGGAGGAGUAAAAGGAGGAGGAUGGGGAAGUUGAAGGAAGGGGGAGGUCAUCUCUGAAAUGGCAGUAUUGCAUAACCUGAAGGGAACAGAAGGAAAGCGAAGAAAACUGGAAAGCAAGUAAAUGAAAUGGUGUUACUUAGACUUUGCAUCAGCUUGUUUUAGUUCUUUCUUUGUUGUUUUUUUUAUUUCUGGAGCUUCAACCAGCCUCCAAGAGCAAAAAAUAAGAACGACGAAAGACUACGGCCGAAGGGUGAACCUUGUUGUUACCUAAGGAACUUUAAGGCGCCGCCAACACAGACCCACACACGCCCUCUCUGCCGGGACAUGCCCACACUUGCAGACGCAGUCCAGAGAGGAAAGCGUGAGGUGCACACCUACCUGUGGAAUACCAGCUGGAGUCUGCAGGAAAACACUUGGACUACUCUCUCGCUGGAUGGUGUUGAGCACUCCAUCUGCUGUCACUGGGGAGCAUGCAGGGCUAGUUUGGUCAGAAGGGGCAGAGAUUCUCUUCGGCAUGGUGCAGAGGGACAUGACCAUCCAGUCAGAUGACAUGGAGAACGCAUGCUUGAAGAUGGAUCAGGAGAGACUGGUCUACCACAGCCUGAAAGAAGUCCUCCAGCUCAAACUUCAGCAGAGACGCACUCGAGAGGAGCUGGUCAGCCAAGGGAUCAUGCCACCCCUGAAGAGCCCUGCAGCCUUUCACGAACAGCGGAGGAGUCUGGAGCGAGCGAGGACCGAGGACUACCUAAAGAGGAAGAUCCGGAGUCGCCCGGAGCGCUCUGAGCUGGUCAGGAUGCACAUUCUGGAGGAGACGUCAGCAGAGCCGUCCCUGCAGGCCAAGCAGCUGAAGCUGAAGCGGGCGCGGCUGGCCGACGACCUCAAUGACAAGAUCUCUCACCGGCCCGGUCCCAUCGAGCUGGUCCACAAGAACAUCCUGUCUGUCAGCUGCCCUCUGCAGUCCUCGCUGCUGGAUUCCCCAAAAGGAGCCGGAGGGGAGAGCUCGUCUCUAGAUGAAGACAGCAGCGAUGCUCUGUCACCUGACCAGCUAGCCAAUCACGACUCUCCGCUGAGCGCCGUCACGCAGCUGUCCCCCUCCCACGUGCUGGCCCAGAACGGGGACAUGUCCCCCACGCAGUUUCUCACACAGCCCCCUCCUCCACCUCCUCCACCUCUGGUCAGUUUGUCGGACCCCACCCCACUGCCAAAGAUAACAAAUGGGUUGGCUCUGAGCUCUCGCCUGUCUUCUGGACACCUCAAGUCCCAGGCUAAGAUGAGUUCAGACCGCCCUCCACAGAGAUCGAAGAAACCAAAGGACAACAAGCCUAAGGUGAAGAAGCUGAAGUACCACCAGUACAUCCCUCCGGACCAGAAGGCCGACAAGGAGCGCCCGCCUCAGAUGGACUCGUCCUACGCCAAGCUGCUCCAGCAGCAGCAGCUCUUCCUGCAGCUGCAGAUUCUCAGUCAGCAGCAGCAGCACUACAACUACCACACCAUCCUGCCCGCCCCUCCUAAGCCACAAGCUGAUCAGCCUCCCUCCUCCAGCUCAGGCCCCUCUCCCUCCCGCACGGCUCUCACCACCACGACCACGGCCCCCUCAGCUCAGACCACAGCCGCCCGUCAGAGCCAGGCUGCAGCGGCGGGAGCCAAACCCACCACGCUUCCAGCUAACCUGGAUGAAUUCAAAGUCGCCGAGUUGAAACAAGAACUGAAACUGCGCGGCCUGACCGUCUCUGGAACCAAGAAUGAUCUCAUCGAGAGGCUCCGCAAUUACCAAGAGCAAAACGGCAACACCGCGGCGGCUUUGAAGAACGCCGCGCCGCAGUCGGUCCAGCAGGCCUCCGCCUCUGCCGCCACCACCAACACCACCGCAUCGGCUUCAAACACAACCCCCACUUUCGACCACCAGCUGGCGGACGGCGCCUGCUUUAAGCUGGCUUUGUCCUCGCUGGCCCAGGCCGUCCCGGGGCGGGUCAUGCGAUUCGGCAGCACCAGCUCCAGCCCUCCGGUGUCACCCACGCCCUCGGAACGCUCGUUGGCCGGCUUGAGUCCCGAUGAGACGAGCUGCAACGGAGACAUGUUUGGGGAAAUGGUGACCUCUCCCCUCACCCAGCUCACCCUCCACCCCUCUCCUCAGCACCCAUCAAACAUGGCGUCACUCCCACAGCCUUACUCUGUCGUCAAGGAGGAGAUCCAGAGCUCCUGCAGCAUGUCCAAAUCAUCGUCCAAAGAUCCCCCGGCCGCGGGAGCCAUAGAAACAUUGUCUCUGGACAAGGACCAGAUGCUGCAGGAGAAGGACAAGCAGAUUGAGGAGCUAACCAGGAUGCUGCGGCAGAAGCAGAGGCUGGUGGAGACCCUGAGGUCCCAGCUGGAGCAGGGCAAGAUGGUCGCCGGGGCGGUGGUGGUGAAAAAGGAGGGAAGCGAGAAGAGUGGAACACCCGCAGAGGCGAAGCUCCAAACUCUAAUAAAAGCUUCGUCCGCUCAGCUGCCGGCACUCCCCAACGGCGCCGCUCUGACCGUGAAGGAGGAGGCGGAGCCUGAGAAAGGGAUGGAGGGGGUGACAGAAGAGGCUCAGGCCAAGAGACUGGCCCAGCCAAUGCAGUGCUCCCAGGAGACACUGCUGAGGCUGCAGCACAUCCACCGGCUGCAGCUGCAGCAGGCCGAGCUGCAGCAGCAGCAGGCCAAGCUGCAGAAAGACUCAGAGGGGAAGGCUAACCCGCACAAGCAGCAGCAGCAGAAGAAGAAAGAGGCCCAGCUGCUGCUCCAUCAGCAGCAGCUGCAGCAGCUCAUCAUCCAGCAGACCCAGCAGAAGCAGCUCCAGGCCCAGCAGAAGCUGGCCCAGCAGAACCAGGUCAAGCAAACACAAGGGGACGUUCCAGCUCAGCAGAAGAACCCAGUCCACAAGAGCCAGGUGCAGUUGAAGCAGGUUCAGGUACAGAUCCAGAACCAGAAGGCGGCCGUGAGCCAGAGGAAGCAGCAGCGGCUGCAGCAGAGGCUGCAGCACAAACAACAGUUGGCCGCAGCGAGCGCCCAGCAGGUGACUCCAGUCAUCAUCAACCAACAGAACGGCACUCCGCUCCAAACCCAAGCCAUCGCAUUGGACCUCAAGGCCAACGGCGUGCCCACGCUGGUCACCGACAGCAACGGCAACCACUACCUGAUCGCUCUGAGCGGUCACGCCAGAGACAGGCAGAACGGCGUGUCCUCAUUGGCCAAAAUCAACGGACGCAUCACGCUGCAGAGACUACAGUCCAGUCCAAGUAAACUCCCGAGCACCGACAGCCAAUCAAAACAGCAGCCAGUAGCUGAGCCUGUGAGCCAACCGGACAAAAAGGGACAGAAGGCAGCCUUGCACUUAGACACCAACGGGUCGCCUCAUCCGAGCCUGUCCCACACAGCCCCGCCCAGCCUGCAGCCGUUCUUCGACGACAUGCCCGACACUGAAAGCCAAAGUAACCUGAUGUCCUCCCUGAAGCGGAAAGAGGAGGUGUGUGCGCCUUACGACCGGCACACACUGUUCACCCCUCCCUCCCCUAAACAAAACGCCUCCCUCCCUCCUCAGCGCUCUAAAGAGAACGGUGUGAACAACCAGCAGAUGGACGAUCUGUUCGACAUCCUGCUCAAGAGUGGAGAAAUCCCAGGCUUCAAGGCCAACCCGGACCCUUCCCUCGCACCCCUCCACUCCGACCCGCCGUCCCCCUCUAUCCCCUCGUCCCCCCUCCACCUGUCACCACCCACCCUCACAGAUCCCUUCUCCUCUCAGCUGCGUGCGGGAGAGCCCCGCAGCGGCGGCGGGCGCCUGGAGGACUUCCUGGAGAGCACCACGGGGGCGCCGUUGCUGGGCAUGGAGCCCGACGGUGGUGGCCUGACGCUGAUCGACGACCUGCACAGCCAGAUGCUGAGCACGCCCAGCAUCCUGGACCACCCCCCGUCCCCCAUGGACACGUCCGACUUGAGCUUCUCCCACCACUCGGCGGGGCUGGACUUUGGCGACCCCACCCUCGACAGCAUGGACUGGCUAGACAUCUCCAUGGGCAACGGGGGCGGCGGCGGCAUGGAGAACGGGGGAACCAGGGUCGGCGGAGCGGCGUGCGACAGAGAUGGGGGGACGAGCCUGACGCCACUGGUGCCGCACACGCCGCCCAGCGUCUUCUCGGCCGACUUCCUGGACAGCACGGACCUGCAGCUGCACUGGGAGUCGUGUCUGUAGCCGCCCGUCCAGGCGGGGGCGCCACGCCGCCGCCCACACUGUGUACAGGCUCCGUCUUUAUGUCACGCACACGUCUCUAUACGCGGUCUCCGCCACUGGCACAUGCAAAAGCACGCACACACAAACACACACCAACACACACGGUUUGUCGCUGGCUGUUACUGAAUGUGAGCUGAGAUGAAAUAUGCAACUAACAUAGAAGUUGAAUUCAUAGAAAGGAAACGAGGGGGAAAUUUCUUUCUGAAUUUAAAUUCUGUGGGAAUUUUGAGCAGCUGACUGGUUAGAGCCAGGAUUAAAAAAAAAAAAAGACUUCCUGUGUCCAGACCUUGAUUGUAAACCCAGUUCGAAUGAAUCCGUCAGAAGCACGACAGAUCAGGAAUGAAGACGAGGAACGUUUAUGCCGCCUCUUAAGGCGGCAGAGUGUGUCAGUGCCUCCUUAAACUUUGCACUUAUGCUGAAUCUGAUUGGUUUAACGGGACGGACGGGUCAGCAGCUGAAUCUGAGCACCGAACGGCCAGUCUGGUGUGUUUCUGAUCAGCUGAUGGGACAUAAAGCAAAAGGCAGCUGUGGCUGACCUCGUCUCCCCAACAUGGCAACCUGAUCCCCGCCCACACUAGUCAAAGAAACAAUCAUCACUGGUUGUCGGUUGCUGUUGAAUUGAACCAUAUCAGUGGCAACCAUUUGAACUGAGGCCUCAGUGGAGGCUGUUUAUCAUUGGUAACAUUAUGGUAGACCACUAUGUAUUGCUGUAUAUGGGGUGUAUAUUAUAUCAAUUGUUCAUAAGACUAUUUUUCUUUGCUGGUUGCUUUAGAGUCGAGUGAGCCGGCUUUGGGGGAACAUAGUGAGGGGGCUUCUAAAACACUCGGUCCUUGUCAUUUUAUAAAGAAAAAAAACUUUGAAAAAAAUAAAUAAACUUAAAAUAAAAACACAAA